CAUCUCGGGUCACUCAGCUGAGCAGCUCGGUUGGUCGCCUCCACCCGGAAGCUCUGGCAGGGUGGUGGGAAGACUCGGGAGAGGGGCGGAGUGCGGUGAGGUUUGCGGUUGCCAGGAGUCCGCUGCUCUCUGGCGGGGAGCGCCGCGGCGCGCUCUGUGCAGGGAACCAGGCCGCGCUGAGCCCGCCAGCAACGUAUCCGCGCUCCUUGGGGGCCUCGUAGCAGAUCUCUAAGUGGUACAUCAUAAUCGAAGGGAACCAUCUAUUCUUGUGAUUACAUCAUGAACAUUUAUAUUGAGUGGCCUAUUUCUUUCCUCACCCAAAAAAGCAUUCAAGGGAGGAUGAACUUUUUGUAAAACAAUACAACUGCAUUAAUCUUAGAUGCAUUGAAGGCACAAACAAUAUAGUUUUGUUUAUUUUUUAAACUAUUAGUUUAAAAAAAAAUUAGUUACCUUCCUAUAGCAAAGCUAGUUUGAGCCUAAACAUGUUUACAGUGUUUGUUUUCUCAGCUUACUCUCAAUCAAAUGCAUGCUUUUUUUUCUUCACAAGUAACAAUAACAGCAUUGCCACCAUCAUAUUUUUAGUACUAGUUUUUCUGAUGUUUCACUGUUGAGGUUGUAAAGAAUGGCUCUGUCAAGGGAGAACUGUAGAGUGACAAGGGUUACAAGUGACUUGGUACCUCAAAGCCUCUUUCUUUAGCAACUUAAGGUCCCAGUCCUGCUCCCACUGAAAUCAAUAGAAGUUUUGCCAUUGAUUUAAAGGAAAAUCAAGCCCUUUAUGAAACAGCAGUCUCUUAGGGAUGAUUUGCGGUUGACAGUAGCACAGAUUAAAAUAGUAGUAGUAGUAUUGGGUUGUUGUUUUUUUUGUUUCUGGUGAGAGAGACAGAAACAUAACACAUUUUAGAGAACAAUUUAUUUUCUAAUUCUGCAAGCCAAGAUUGUCAUGUAUAUUGCUGUAUUUUGUAUUCUUGGCAGUAAUAUUUCCUCUGUGUGCAGCACAAUAUUAAGAUGGAGGACUAUGAGAAAUUCUGUGAAAAGCAUCUUGCCAGGAUCCAAGGAGAGUCAGUUCAAAGGGAAACCUCUUCAUCUGCUCAGAAGAAUAUCUCACUUAUUCAAUUUCAUGGCAUUCCUGUGCUUUCACCUCUGCUGAGUCUUGAGAGAAAAAAGGAAUGCAGCAGGAUAACAAAAGCACUUGAUGUAGAGAUCUGGAAGCAGAAUUCCAGGAAAAGAGCUUUACUGAAUCGCGUUCAGGAGAUCUUGGAAAACAUGCAGGUCAGAAAGGUGUCUAGUAUGAGCAAUUUGGAUCAGGGGGAGUCUGAGAGUGGUCACUCUAAUUCAGAAUCAGAAGCCUCAAAUGGCUUCACAGUGCUAUCAAACAUCAAUUUGCCAAGUUCUAUUGCAUGCUGUGGUACUACAGACCUUGAAAAAACAUUGGAAAUUAUGCCAGCAGACACUGCUAUCCAGGUUACAUCAAGUGGAAUGGACUCAGUUAGAAGCACAGAAGAACAUAUUUCUCCUGAACAAAGUGAGAGCAACCUCUCAGAAAAUAUUGCUUGCCCAAAGAUUACAUCUCCUGAUAAAACACAAAAUAUGACUACUUCAAAUGCACAUGUAAACCAAGAGCAUACGGAGGUGCCACCAGCCUGUGAGGAAGUACCUGAUCCUUAUGUAAUGAGUCUUCAAAACCUUCUGAAAAAGUCUAGGGAGUACAUAGAGAGAGAGCAAACCAGACGUAGCAUAAGAAGUAAUUCAAAAAGAAGUGUUAAUGAAAAUCAUUCAGAUAAAGAAAAUGAUGCAGUUAAAAGAAAUGUGUCUGGGAAAGAGAGAGCGAGGUUUACAGGUAGGAGUUGUACUCCUCUGACACUUGAUAAACCAAGUCUUAAUAAAUCAAAUAUUCUUCUCCAGGGUGCCUCUGCCCAAAUAAAUAGCAUGAGUACAUCAGCUUCACCCAGCUUUUCUAAAGUGGAUAUACCUACAAGAGCUGGAACCCCCCCAGUUUUGGAUUCGGAUUCAGAUGAAGAAUUUAAAAAUAUCUCCACCUUUGAUCACGACACUAGUAUUGUCAGAAGCCUUACAGGUUCUUAUGCCAAAUUACCCAGCCCGGAACCAAGUAUGAGCCCUAAAAUGCACCGAAGACGUCCAAGACCUUCAUCAAUGGGACACAUAGUUAUCAAUAACCCUGUGAAUGCCUAUGAAUUAAGCCCUUUAAACAAGGGAAGAGCAAUUGACUUGAUCAUACAAGAUGUCACUGACCAAACCAAUGCAUCUGAACCUGUGCCAAAAUUCACUGCUGACAUCACUGCAGUUUGUUCUAGCAAAGCUCAUGUUGUUAACAAGAAUUCUUCAGAGACUUCAAAUCACAUGUGUCAGCAUUCCAUUAGUCAACUAGAGAGCAAAGGAAUGAUGGUGUCUUCCAUAAUGGAGGGAAAGCUGGAUGGUAGAAGGCCAUACAAAAUGGACAGUACUACUUGUACUGUAACUCCAAAUUUGCAUGAGUCAUAUGCAGUCAGUCAGUCGAUGGUGACUCAAAAGCUCAUAACUAUGAAUGGAAUCAAGCCAGAUAGUUUAUUAGAAAAGACCAAAAGUAAUUCACCCGUGGAACUCAAUAAAUCUUAUGAUGUAGAAAAUCCAUCUCCAUUACUGAUGCAAAGCCAGAAUAAGCAUCAGCAAAUGGAUACUCCAAAUGUUUCUUCUGGAAAUGAACACUUUGUAGAAAAUGGUUUCGAAAAAGUGAAACGUAGGCUUGAUUUAGAUAUUGAUAGCUCACAGAAAGAGAACAACCCUUAUGUUUUAACAGAUGGAACAGAAGAGCAAGAGAAGUGGAGGUUGCAAGACCGAAGAUGCCCCAUAGGAUCUGUUUAUGGUAACAAGAAUGAAACCUCAGGCAGUGGUACCAAGGAAGAAGAGAUUUUGAAAAAUAAACUCUUGGCUUUUGAAGAAAUGAGAAAGAGACUUGAAGAGCAGCAUGCACAACAACUGUCAGUACUGAUAGCUGAACAAGAGAGAGAACAGGAGAGAUUGCAGAAGACUUUUAAUCUGCAGGAGAUAGAAGAGCAGGAGAGAAAGUUAAAAGGAAAGAAGAGUGCUACAGCAGACACAGAAAUACCCAAAAUGACCAUCAGCAGUGGGAUGGAACUGGAGUGGAGAAAAAUAAGCGAAAGUGGCUUGUUGGAAACUGUGCUGACUCAAGUGGAGACAAUCCAUAACACAAACUCGAACAGCACUGAUAAAAGUUUUGCCAACACUACCAUGCCCAGUAGUUUUGGUUCAACAAAUGAAGCUCCGUUCUACCUGUGGGGACCAUCUGGUAGUGGAAUGUCAAAAAUAUCAGCAUCCAGGCUUAUUAGGGCCAAAACCAGGUGGUCUCAGGCCUUCAAUCCAGAGAUGCAAAUGAAGUUCAGUAAGAUCACUGCCUUGGCAAAGGGAUUUCUGACUCGUAGGCUCAUGCAAACAGAAAAAUUGAAAUAUCUUAGGCAAACCGUUAAAGAUACUAUGGAGUUCAUAAAAAAUUUUCAGUCUGAAGCUCCCUUAAAGAGAGGAACUGUUUCGGUGCAAGAUGCAUCCCUACAAGAAAGAGUGAUGGCUCAACUGCGAGCUGCACUGUAUGACAUCCAUGAUAUAUUCUUUAUAAUGGAAGUAUCUGAAAGAAUGAAUAUUCUGCGUCAUGAUCGUGAAGUUCGCAAAGAGAAAAUGCUGAGGCAAAUGGCUAAAAUAAAGACUCCACGAGAGAGAGUGACGCUUUCGACAGCUACACAGAAAUCUCUGGAUAGGAAGAAGUACAUGAAGGCUGCAGAAAUGGGAAUACCAAAUAAAAAAUUAAUCAUAAAACAAAAUACUCCUGAAGCAAGAGUACUUCAGCCAAAUCAAGGACAAAAUACUCCAAUUCAAAGGCUUCUUUGCAGGCAAGGAACCCCUAAGACCUCAAUGAAGGGGGUUGAGCAAAAUAGAAAGAAGUCCUCAGAGAGCAGAGUGCCUAACAAGGCAACUUCAGGAGUAUAUGCAGGAAGAAUCCAAAGAAAGAAGCCAAAUGUUGUGACAAUUUAAGACGUCAGCACUCGCUCGGAUAAAAAAAAAGGCUAUUUUAAUGCAAUAGUCUCUUUAGCAUUGGUUCAGAUCUUGCAUCUCCUAUAUGUAUGCUUUGAAUUGACAAACGUACACAUUUAACAUAUUUUGCAUAUUUUAAGGACAUAGGUUUUUAUGGAAUGAUGUUAAAGUAAUGAAGAGGGCUACAAAUAAGUUCUUGUACUCAUGAAAACAAAUUGCAUGUUACAAAUCUGUUCAGAUUACUGCAGACAUAUGUCCACAUUCAAAAUGCUCUGUUGUAGAAAAGAAUAUAGUGCAACAUUGUUUAUUUGUAUCUUUCUGCCAUCUCUCUGACUUAUAUACAGUGUCAUGCACUUUUUUGUACUAUAGGAAAUAUAUUUACAAUUGCAAUUCAUACACAUUAGUCUGUAUAACUGAUUUCCUAUGUGUACAUAUUUUAGCCUUUUACCCUAAAAUUAGAGAAGUAGAAAAGAUAAUUUAUUCAGCUGUAACAAUACUGUGCUUUUUUCCUCUGUAUGUUUGAGAGCAGCAUCACUGAGUGUAUCAUUACAUAUGAAUGUGCUAACCUCUCAAUUUAAAUACUAAUGACAGAUAUUGUUACUCAUUUCUAUUGACUGUUUGCAGACAUGGAUCUGAGUUAAUUGCUGGCAUACAUGUGCAAUUCUAUUUACAUGAAUGAAGUUGUACCUGUUCUCAUGGGUGGUGAAUUUAGGCCACUAUGAUGAAACAUUCCAGGCAAUUUUUCCUCCAUACUGUUUACUGCAUUUUCUAAUUCCAAACUACGUUUUGAUCAAGAUGAAGUAUAAUUAAGAUGUAGCAAUUCUAUGAUACUGUACAAGAGUUCUAAAAGGAAAACCUUUAAUUGUCCUCAGCAGUCAUACAGAUGACUGUUUCACACCAUUAUGUGUCUUAAGGUUUUAUUUUUGACAUUCCUAGAUCUACUUUACUGUCUAAACAAGUAACUUGGAACAGUUUUUUAUUUAAAAAAAAAAAAUACUGUCAGUAACAGAUCCAAGCACUGAAGCCAUGCUUCCAUGUUCUGAGUCCCUAAAACUUUGCAAGACUUAACUUCCAAAACAUGUUCCUGUUUGCCCCUGUCUUUUUUACUAUUUUCAGCCAUUAUGAAUAUGCUUCUUUGAAGAGAGAGGCUGCUUAGUAAUUUUAAUCUUGAUAAUGAAUUUUUGAAUCUUUCUUUGGUUUUCAAAUAAAAUAGAGAAAAUCUUG